GGGCGGGGGCCUGGGCUAGGCGGGCAGGAGCUGCUGUGUGGGCCCGGGAGGCGCCGAAGGGCCGUGUGGCCGAGGAGUCGCUGCCGUGCUGCGUCCUUAACGCUGCGCUCCAGAACCUCAUCUUCCGCUACCUGCAGAACAGGUCCAGGAUCCAGGUGUGGCUUUAUGAGCAAGUGAAGAUGCGGCUAGAAGGCUGCAUCACUGGCUUUGAUGAAUAUAUGAACUUGGUGCCGGACGACGCAGAGGAAAUUCACUCCAAACCAAAACCAAGGAAACAGCUGGGGUUACUUUGAAAAAGAAGACUUGAGUGAUCAAGCCAUUAGGAGACUUUCAGUCCAAGAAAGAGCGAAGCCAGCUCUUGCCAGGACUGGAGGAAGUCCCUGUUGAGAGCGAACCCUUAGAACCGGAGCUCGUUCUCAGACUGUGUCGAUCAUGUCUAAGCAAGGAGACGACUGCUACUUCUAUUUCUAUUCCACCUGUAACAAGGGAGACAGCUGUUCCUUCCGCCACUGUGAGGCUGCUCUGGGAAAGGAGAGAGUGUGCAAGCUGUGGCAGGAGGGUCGCUGUUUCAGGACUACCUGCAGGUUCAGACACAUGGAAGUCGAUAAAAAACGCGGUGAGAUUCCUUGCUACUGGGAGAAUGAACCAGCUGGCUGUCAAAAAUCCAACUGCGCGUUCCGUCACACGAAAGGACGUUAUGUUGAUGGACGCUUCUUCCCGCCGAGCAGAAAGCGGCUUUCUGAAGAAGAAGGAGGUGAAACUACAACACCUGUCCAGCAAGCGGCAACAGAAGCCCAUGGUGGAUCGCGGAUAAUUUCCACUAGGAAAGGCAGUGCUAAUACAAAGCAAGAGGAGAACUUAAAUUUUGGAAUAAAAACACUUGAAGAAAUCAAAUUGGAGAAACUAAAGGAAAAAACAAAAAACCAAGGUGAAGGUCCUUCAGGAGUUUCUGUUCCUCCGCUCCAAUCUCGGGCUAUUCCUGUGCCAGAAAAGGAAAAUGUACGGACGGUAGUGAGAACUGUGACUCUGUCUACAAAGCAAGGGGAGGAGCCUGUGAUUCAACUGAAUCUUGGCGAGAGGAUGGGAAAACGGAAAGCCUCCGCAGCUGGUAAAAGUGUCCUUCCGCUAAAGCGCAACCUUGCUGACAGGCUGGGGAAGAAGACAGAGGCUCUGGAGAGUGCUGACAAAGCACCUAAGAGAGUUCAAGUCCCCAGGUCUCUGAAGGAGAGGCUAGGACUGCCCUCUGAACCGACCAGUAGAGAGACAGCCAAACGGAAGGUGUGCCUGAAGCCUUUGGAUGGGAAAGCCACCUUCCCCACAAAGCAGCCACUGAAACGUAAGGCAGCCGAGAGUCAUCCCUCUGCCGUGGCGGCCGUGAAGCCGUUGAGUGCCACUGGUGGCGACGGGAAGGAGCCUUCAGCUAAAAAAGCAGCUGUGGCCGUUGUUCCGGCUUUGCCAGAGGACAGCCUCCUCUCCAUACGUGGGAGAGAAAAACCCCAAGCCAGUCCUGAGCUGCAUAUUGGAAGCCAGGCAGACUCUGUGGCACCGUCAGAGGUCGCAAGCUCGACCUCAGCUUCUUCAGAAGGAGCAGUAAAGCAACGCCGGUUGAGCUUCUCAGGGGCCUGGGAAGCCCCCUUCUCUGGAGAAGAUGACUUUGAGAAGUUUCUUUGGGAAAUCUCAGGAGGCGAACAGGAAGAGGAAAUUGACGUGGACCCAGAGAAUGAGGAGGAUGACAUGUUCAUGGAAAUUGGUGAACUGAUUGACGGCUGAAAAUAAAGAAACAAAUAAAUUGAAACUGAUUAUUUGGUUGGA